AGGAACCAGAGGUGUGUACGUGCGUGUAUAGGCGAGUGCCGGUGCGUGAAGAAAGACGAUAUUGCCCCAAUACCACGAGGGGUAGACUGUCUUCUGUGGUGGUCUAAAUCGGAAGAUUAUGGGUGGUGUUGUAGUGGAUGAUGGGCCAUCAGGUGUGAAGGCCCCAGACGGGGGUUGGGGCUGGGCCGUGUUGACCGGCUGCUUUGUCAUCACGGGCUUCUCCUACGCCUUCCCCAAGGCUGUAAGUGUGUUCUUCAAGGAACUCAUCAAGGAGUUUGGUGUGGGCUACAGUGACACGGCGUGGAUCUCUUCUAUUCUACUGGCUAUGCUCUACGGCACUGGUCCUCUGUGCAGUGUGUUGGUCAAUCGUUUUGGCUGUCGUCCAGUGAUGAUGGUGGGGGGGCUAUUUGCCUCCCUGGGGAUGAUUCUGGCAUCCCAAUCCACCAGUAUCAUCCAUAUUUACCUCACAACUGGAGUCAUCACAGGUCUUGGGCUGGCGUUGAACUUCCAGCCCUCUCUGAUCAUGCUGAAUCGUUACUUCAGUGAGAAGAGGCCUCUGGCCAACGGGCUGGCUGCUGCCGGGAGCCCUGUGGCCCUCUGCUGCCUCUCUCCACUGGGACAGGCACUACAGUACCAGUAUGGAUGGAGGGGAGGGUUCCUUAUUCUGGGGGGACUACUGCUCAACUGCUGUGCCUGUGGAGCGCUCAUGAGGCCACUGAAGGGACCCUCGAAAAAAAAUGAACUUGAACUUGAAGAAAAGGAGGUAAAAGAGGUUGAAAAGCCCCAUGCCAAAUCCAAACCACUCCUGGACUUCACUGUGUUUAAGGACAAGGGUUUCCUCAUCUAUACCAUAGCUGCGUCGAUUAUGGUGCUGGGGUUGUUUGUGCCGCCGGUAUUUGUGGUGAGCUAUGCCAAGGAGCUGGGGAAUGAGGAUACUAAGUCAGCCCUCCUCCUGACCAUCCUUGGGUUCAUUGACAUCUUCGCCAGGCCCACCUGCGGCAUCAUUGCAGGGAUGAAGUGGGUGCGUCCCAGGGUUGUUUACAUGUUCAGCUUCGCCAUGCUCUUCAAUGGAUGCACCGACCUGGUGGGAUCUCAGGCCAAGGACUACCCUUCUCUGGUGGUGUUCUGUAUUUUCUUUGGCAUCUCGUACGGGAUGGUGGGGGCGCUACAGUUUGAGGUUCUCAUGGCAAUUGUGGGCACAGAGAAGUUCUCCAGUGCUAUUGGUCUGGUGCUACUCAUGGAGGCUAUUGCUGUUCUGGUGGGCCCGCCUGGAGCAGGUCGCCUGCUGGACGCAACUAAAAACUACAUGUACGUGUUCCUGCUGGCGGGAUUUGAGGUCGUCUUCGCCGCCGUUGUCCUUGCCUCGUGUAACUUCCUGUUCAUCAAGACAAAGCCCUCGGAACCCGCGGCUGAACUGGAGAACGGAACAGUUACCGCCGAGAUGGAGCAGCUCAGGAAGCCCGGCGAAGAGGAAGAAGAGAAGGGUGAGAAGGAGGGGAAGGAGAAGGAGGAGACGAAGCGGGACGGGGAAGAGGUUGAGAAGGCAAAGGAGGAUGAGGAAGACACCGAGAAGAAAGGGAAAGAGGAGAUCAAGCUGGAGAGGGUGGACUCCGAAGAGGUGGAACACCUUCUUAAAGAACCAGAACAACCAAACGGGGCCCUGCUAGCAGGUCCGGAGACCUGCCUGUAGUGGAGGCAAAGAUCAAACACCACUAGACAUUUAAAAACUGCCAAGGGCACAUAGGUCACUUCUACUUAGCAAUGGGCCAAGGUGCGGAGAGAAUGACACUGCCGGGGAUCAAGGACCUGGUGCUAGCUAUGUAUUAUACUCUUGUUUUCAUUUGAGGUGUUGUAUUGUUCUGUUGGCGUGUUGUCCUGUGCGUGCGUGCAGUUGCUCUACUUGGAGCUGUUAGAGACAUCAACACACACCAAUGAAACACACUCGCACACAAACGCACAAACACAUGCUGUCACCGUAACCACACAAACGUGAAGUGGAACCGAUAAACGUUGAGUGAGCAAUCGUAGUAACAGUCGUCUGCGCUGCUGUCGUGAGUGUACAGAUAUCUAGUGAGCUGCAAGUGUUAGGCUAAGCUAAGCUAAUGAUACAACUGUCGGAAUCUGUAAACGAAUCCAGCCUGGAACAUGCCACUCUCAUUCAACUCUCCGGAAAAAGUUAGAAUGGCUAAUACCUGUCAAUUAUCAGACACUACUUCAUCCAGAGCUUUGGAACAGCGAUGGUAAGGCAGUGAUUUUGAAUGGUAAAAAUGAUCUCUUUAACAUACACAGGAUGUAGUAUUUACUUACGGAGGCCAAGGACAAUGCCAGACUAGUAUCUCUGAGUUGUGUCCUAUAUAGCAAAUUAUUCCAUAUUAUGUAGUGCACUACUUUGGACCAUUCCAUAUGAUGUAGUGCACUACUUUGGACCAUUCCAUAUGCUGUAGGGCACUACUUUGGACCAGAACCAGUUAUUCAGCUAAGAGAAACCAAUGACCUCUAAUACAAUAUCAAAAACCAAGAUGACCAAGAGAUAUGAGGUAUUUAAUAAUUUUUCAAGACAUUUUUUUAUUGAAUGUAAUCUACUUAGUAGUAUGUCAGUAUUGUUUUUGCAGUGCUUUCUUUAUUCCAUGAUAUGUAUUUAUUGUUAUUAUUAUACUUCACUGUUAGUUUUCUUGACUUUGCCGUGUGUUUUGUUUUCAAAGAAAUCACUUGAGCUGAGACUGUGCUGCUACCUGUGGGUAGAAACGCUGUUACAUGGUUGUAUAUGGCCAUUAGUUGACCUAGUACUUAGACCAAACGACAGCCUAUUCCCUAAACAGUACACUGGUCUCCACCAGACACCUAUACAGGGAACACAGUGUUAUUUCAGAUUUCUGUUGGCAGCUAUACAUUUAAACACAACAUCAAGUUUGUAUAAAGCACCUCAACUUGAAUAACCCAGAAUUGUCAAGGCUUCUUGUUGCUAGUGGCUUUGGAUGAUAAUCUUUGGAAUGUAACCAAGCCUGUUAUGGUCACUACCAACAAGAAACAAUAACACUGUGUUCCCUGUAUAGGUGUCUGGUGGAGACCAGUGUACUGUUUAGGGAAUAGGCUGUCGUUUGGUCUAAGUACAAGGUUGUAUAUGUCCAUUAGUUGACCUUGUACUUAAACCAAACUACAGCCUUUUCCAUAUACAGAACACUGGUCUCCACCAGACACCUAUACAGGGAACACAGAGUUAUUUCAGAUUUCUGUUGGCAGCUAUAAAUUUAAACACAACACCAAUCAAGUUGGUAUAAAGCAUCUCAACUUGAAUAAACAAGAAUUGUCAAGGCUCCUUGUUGCUAGUGGCUUUGGACGAUUAUCUUUGGAAUGUAACCGGGCCUGUUAUGGUCACUACCAAGUCAAAUGUUUGAUGAGACAUUAAAGUAACCUACCAUGAAACAUUUUCCUGAUUCAUUCAUUCACAAUGAGGUCUUUUUUCUUAGCGAUUCAGUCACUCAGACAACAGAAGGUUCUGACUCAGAGUCCCCGCUAUACACUUGACUGGGUUGGUGAUACUUGUUUUGAAUGAUAUUAGUUCAUCUUAGAAUAAUAAAUGAAUAAACGGCCAUCUUCCAUCUCGGGGGAUUUUGUUGUUGUCACUGCUGCUAGUGUGGUGUGGUGCUCCAGCUGUGCUUUCUGUUUGUGGUUUGGGAAAGGCAAUCACAUUAAGACAACAGGCCAUCUUGCUUUAGCCUCCUGUGAAGCACACUUCUGCUCCCUCAAUUAACACUGUGGCAAAUCCCUCACACACAAUUCCGCGCUGAGGUAAUUUCCUGUGAACUGCCUGUAUGUUACAUAAUUGAGUGUUUGUCUGUUGAGUCCUUCCGUAUCUGUUGUAACCUCACUGAUGAAGGCAAAUAUGUAUUUAUUGUAGGCACAAGGUCAACUCACUCCAUAAAUAUGUAGGUUUUUGCUCUUACCCACGUUUAGCAACAUUUCCAUAAGAGAGCAUGAAAAGACUGCACACAAGUUAAUUUGAAACUGUUCUCAUCCCUAAACAAAUGUACUUCAAUGUCAGUCACGUACCACUAUAAUCUAUCAUCACAAAGGUCUUCACUAAACCCAGACUGGGACUCAGUAGGAGUGCUAUGAAAUGUUGGUUUGUGCAACUGAAGGCAGCCUGGAUGCCAUUUUGUGUCCACAGACUAAACUCUGUUAACGGUGUCCUGUGUGUGUGUGUGUGUAUUGUACAUCAGACUAAACUCUGUUAACGGUGUCCUGUGUGUGUGUGUGUGUGUGUGUAUUGUACAUCAGACUAAACUCUGUUAACGGUGUCCUGUGUGUGUGUGUGUGUGUGUGUGUGUGUGUACUGUACAUCAGACUAAACUCUGUUAACGGUGUCCUGUGUGUGUGUACUGUACAUCAAUGUCUUAAGGCUUGUACGCUUCAUGUUAUAAAUGCAUUGAUGGAUACCUUUUCAUGUGA